UCUACCCGAACUACUAAAAGCACCAUGCCACCGCAAAACAGUGUCACAGCACGUUCCCGAUUCCUCGCUUCUCUUGCAAGCCACCGAACCCACUCCAAGCUAGUCCCACACUUUUCAUUUUAUCUUUGAAGAAUCCAAUCAACUUGUCCCUUUCCCGUUUAAUCCCGGUUUCUAAGAUUUCAACGAUUUUCCUUUUCACUCUUUACUUCUGCUAAAAUGAUGUUUCUCUCAACACACCUGUCGUUCUAAUCUAACACACUUCGCUAUUUUCCUUCCCCAUAAUUUUCGUUAAUUGCAAAUUUACACCCUCAUUCUCGUCCAGCUCUUGACGGUUUAUUUUUUUUUUCCUUCUCGUUUUCCCUCUUCUAUGAUGGGAAACUGUUUAAGGAGGUCGGAAAAAUUAACGGCGGAGAUCGUACCCCACGAAGGCUCAACAUUGUACCAUGCGGUUCGAUUACGCGGCUCGCCGGAGAGCAUUCUCAACGCAUAUGUUCGGUUGGCAUCCGUUUCAACAAAUUCCAUCCCCUCCGACAGAAGGUUCUUGCCUCCGGCAUCGACAACGUCGACGGCGGCGCGUAGCAGAGUACCUGACUGCACAGACAACGAGAUCACGACGACGAUCCAGGUGAGAUCCGAAGGCGUGACGGGCUCCCGCGACGCACUACUGAGGUUUAUAGACUCGCGGUUCCCUGGGCUGUCAUCAACGCCGCCACAGGCAUAUGCGCCAACAGCAAUGGCGGCAGUGGUAAGCAAGGGUGAGUUGGAAACGACGUCGUUGAUAGUGAGGAUGACGAAGAUGCAGCACAAGAGCAUGACGUGGCAUCUGGAGAGGAUGGUGAGGUGGGCGGAGGAUCUGGCGAGACGUGGAGGGAGGAGAGCCGUUGAUCCGAAGGUGGGGAGUUGGAGGAUGGAGGUGAGGAAGUUUUCGAAGAGCUACUGUCUGUUGUUGGAGGUGAUGAUGGAGCACGCCCAGAUGGAGGAGAGAGUCCUUUUUCCCAUCUUUGAUAGUGCCGAUCGAGGACUAUCUAAACAUGCGAAGGAAGAACAUGCAAGGGACCUCCCUAUCAUGAAUGGCAUAAGAGAAAUCAUCAAAUCUGUUGAGGUUUUAGAUUCAGGAAGCCCAAAUUACAGAGAGACACUGCAUACCCUUUCUUCUCGGCUCAGAACACUGCAGGGACAAUGCAACCAACACUUUCGGAGUGAGGACGUUGAAUUGCUUCCAAUGAUGGAGGCAGUGGAAUUAAGUGAUGAGCAGCAUAGGAUUGCACUAGAGCAUUGCUUUGAUGUGAUGCAAAGAACGCAUCGCCCCUUAUUGAAGUUCUUUCUUGAAGGGCUCCCACCUCAUGAUGCUAUGAAGUACCUGGAUUUGAUCAGCAUGUGUAGGGACAAAGAGAAAAUGGAACGCAUGCUACAAGUAAUUCUUGAGUAAAAUGUCCUCUUUCCCGUGAGUUGUUUUAAAAAAAAAAAUUUAAUUAUUUUGUUGAU